AUGGUCUCUCUGUGGAAUAUUUAUUUUCUCUUGCCUCUCUCUUUGCCUCACUCGCUUCGUGCCAUAGCGUUAACUGGAGAAAAUGUGAAAGAAACACAACAGCCAGACAGUGACAAGGCAGGGCAGUUUCUGAAACAGCUCUCGAGUAGACCUUAUGUACCCGGCGGUUCAGCACCAAGUGACCCCAUGAUUGCACCCGAGGAUGAUGACUUCCUGGGUUCCCCUUUAAGUUGGUCCUUAUCAUCAUCUGAGGACACAGACAGACAAGGUGUGAUUGGUGAAUAUGGCGAUUUACUGGAGAGCGCUGAGACAUCUCUUUUCUUUCCUAAUGAGAAGGGACCCAUACCCAGACCCACAAAGGGUGCUACAGUAGAUACUGCCUCCACAGAGAGAAUGCAAACAAUGAAGUCCUCAUCAGCAAGUGUACCACCCAAGCUUACCCAUGAACAAACAUUAAAGAAUCAGCCAACUGAGACCAACACCGCAUCAGUUUUGUAUCCUAGAGAGUCUGGAGAGAAUCAGCCAACAUUCCCAGGCUUUCAAAAUCAGAUGACUGAUACUCACUUACCCUUUCUUCUCCCUGGCUCACUCCCAUCACACACAUCAGACCAGAACUCAACUUCAUCACUGCCCACUGGACCGGGGCCAGACACUCUUGGAUGGACCACAGGCAUUUCUGUUACCACAAAGGGAAACAGAGAUGGAUUCAUUGAUAUUACAGAUCUUAUUUUACAGAGAGAAACUGCCAGCAUGGAGGCAAAAGAAGAUGACUCCAAGAAUGAUUCAAAAGCCAGAAGCCCAAGCCGGCUAGAUGGUAACAUGGACACAAUUGCCACAACCUGCAAAACAUUAAAUCAUUCCUGGACACCUACCUACCCAGAGGAUUUUACUCACAACAAGCCUCUGCACCCCUUUCUGGCUCUCACCCCUUCAUUUUUGGUCCCUUUGUAUUCAGACUGGAACUCUGCCCUGGCUACGUGGGGAUUUGCAUGGGAAGCACAUAUCUAUGGCCUGGGCUCUGUCUUCACUGUAUUUGGCCUAAUCUCUGUAGUCUGCCUGUUAGGGCUGCCCCUGAGGUGUCCCCCAGGAAGCCCCUACUUCACAAUGCUGCACUUGUUCAUUUUGGCAUUUGCAGGGAUCCAAGCUUUCUGUUUGCUUUACGAUGCUUACAGUUACCAAGAUCGCCUUUCCCCUGUUGUCUCUCUGCUGCUCUCCGAACUGCCAUUGCCAUGUUUGAUCUCAGCAUUUUCCCUGGCCUUCCUCCUUCUUUCCUUUCGUUCAUGCAAGCAUCUUUCACUUUCACCUGUUAUUUCUGCCUCCUUCUCAGCCUUGCCAAAGCCUUGCUUGUUGCUAUGUUUGGCCCUGUCACAUUUUAUUAUCUCUUUGGGAUGUUUUGGGAUUUUUCAGCUCUUUCACAGCCUCCCGACUGUCAUCCUGCUCUUUCCUCAGGGUGUGUUCGUAUGUCUCACCACCUUUCUCUCAUGCUCAUACCUCAUCUUCUACUGCUUGACACAAGUCAACAGUAGAAACAUUUACAGGUUAAAUGACAAUGGAGAGAGUGGAGGAUCUCCUGAGGUGAUGCGACCUGCAAUUUGCCCCUUUGCUAGUGUGAAGGACUGGGGAAGGGCAGCAGGAGCUGGAGUAGGAACGUCUUUGUGUUUGUUAGGGUGUGGAGGUCUUCAGCUUUAUGGGAUCCUGCAUGCCCUUGGUUUGGGUGGGGUUGAUGGCCAUGGGUUUCAGCCUUGGCCAUGGUGGGGCUACCAAGUAGGCUGCAGACUCUGUGAGAUUGGGGUCUGCCUAGGUUUGUCUGUCAUUGGCACACAUCCUCUAUUCUGUAGCAACUCUAACAAGACCAUAGCACAUCCUAGACCAGGAUCUUGGUCCCGUCUAUCCGGUGGCUCUCCUUCACGAAUGCUCACCAUAACCUCUCAGGAUGGUGCAAAUUCCCCCGUCCUUUCCCAGGGUAAGCAAGAAAAGCUGGUGGCCUGUGAUGUUGUAGCCAAGGAGCAGUCAGAGGUUCUUCCUCUUUACUCAAUUGUGGAGUCUCCUGGAAAUAUACCAGACUGUGAUCACAAACCCAGCCAAAGCAAAACUGUACUACCUCUCCCCAUACCCCCAAACCCACCGCAUAAACCUACAGCCUCACCUGAGACUCGCCUGUCAUCACUGGAUCAUUUAAGUCUCGAGACUGACUCAACUGUGGAUCUGCGGCCUCCAUCUCCCAUAGACUUGUCGCGCAGCAUCGACCAAGCUCUGUUCAGCGAAUCCCUGUUUUCUCAUAGUAUCUUUGGUUUCCCAAGACUCAUACCUGCUUCCUCAAGCCUUUCCUUGAGCUCCCCAAGCCAAGGUACAUCAAAGCAAGGGCCCAGCUCUGUGGGAAAUACCCUUUACCGAACUUCUUCUUGUGGAGAUGUAGAUCAAGAGAACACCUUGUCCAACUCCAGGUAUUCCCAACCUCAAGGCUGUAUGACAGCUCGUAGAAAUCAACCAUUAUCACCAGACCAAUGUGAUUGGAAAGGGAGUGUUACUGGUUCAACCCAGGGCCUUUGCAGCCAUUCCAAAGAAACAGGAAAGCUGCGAUCACAUUCAUGGGCCAACAGAGGGCAAAAUUUUACUCAGAGCAGCCUCCCACGUGCAAUCCCCCACCUGCCAUACCACAGACGUUACCGAACCCUGAGCUUAGCUUCCCAGGACAGUCGGGGGUCUGGCCGAUUGGCAGGAACUAAACACCUGAGUGAAAGCAAACAGCUGGAAUGGGAUAUGGCUGUACAAGCAGAGUUUGUCAGUGUGUGCAAACAAAUUGAUGCACUGAGUGUUUGCAGUGACACCAUUGAAUUGUAGAAAGCUAAAAAACAAAAUAAAACUGGGUGUAACUGGAAUACAAAUUGUGUAGAUUUAAGUCUAUUUAGGUUAAAUGGGGGAAUUAAACCAUAGUCUAUAUGUCAAAAACGUUAUAUAGACCUAAAAUAUGAGCCAAUAUUUUUUGUAAAUACUGUACUGUUGAUAUUGUAUAUUCAAACAAAAAAAGUUUAUAAGACUGUCUUCAUUAUGCUGUUUUCAGCAACCUAUUUCUUCCUUGCAGUAUUGCUUUAUUUGAGCAACAUUAUAAUUUUAGA